AUGAGUGAAGACGCUAAUACAUUUAUACCGGCCUUUUACUCUCAUCGGAGUGUUUUUAUUACUGGUGGCACAGGUUUCAUUGGUAAGGCAUUAUGUGAAAAAUUACUCAGAUUUUGUUCGAACAUUCAAGAAAUAUUUCUGUUGAUACGGCCACAAAAAAAUUUAACCAUCAAUGAUAAGCUCAAGAAGAUGUUAAAUAACAAACUUUUUGACACAUUACGAAGCGAACGGCCAUCCAAUCUCGAUAAACUCAUUCCUAUAAGCGGAGACGUAAUUGCUAAAGACUUGGGAUUGUUGCCAAACGACAGACAAUUGUUAAUCGAAAGAGUAUCGAUAAUCUUUCACAUUGCGGUUACUGUCCGUUUUGAUGAGAGUCUCAAAAAUGUAAUUUUCACCAACUUGCGAUCAACGCGCGACGUUUGUAUUUUAGCCCAAUCCAUUAAAAAUAUAGUAGCUUUACAUCAUAUAAGCUCGACGUACACACAAAGCGACAAAUUUGUGGUGGACGAGGUCUUGUAUCCCUUGGAAGUCGACUGGAGGCAGACGAUCAAGAUCGCUGAGUCUGUUGACGAAGAAAUUCUAAAAAUAUUCACAGCAAAAUAUAUAGCAAAGAUAGAUAUAUAGCAGAUAUAUAGAACGUUAGCAAAUACGUAUAUUUUUACAAAAAGAUUGGCCGAGCAAAUAAUAAGUGAUUUUUCCGAAUCACUGCUUUGCAUUAUCUUAAGACCGUCUAUAGUUGUAUCAUCAAUUAGGGAUCCAGUACCAGGUUGGAAUGACAAUUUUAAUGGUCCAAUUGGCUUGAUUAUUAGCGGUAGUAGUGGAAUACUACGCGUAGUUUAUAUAGAUUCUAGUUUAAAUUGCGACUUUAUCCCGAUAGAUUUAGUGAUUAGAGCAAUGUUAAUCGUGUCUUGGAAACGCGGAAUACAAAGUAUUUCUGAGGACAAUAGUCUUCACAUUUACAACAGCUCUUUGUGCAACAUAAAAAACGUAAGUUUCGGUGAAAUGAUUAGCAGUGAACUACGUAUCAUCAGUGAUAUUCCUCUCGAACGCACCAUUUGGAAACCAAAUGUGAUUAUGACAAAAAGUCGUUUGGUAUAUUACAUAUUGAUGAUACUAUUACAUAUUGUGCCUGCAUUAUUCAUAGAUAGAAUAUUAAAACUAUUUGGUGCAAAUCCGAUACUACUACGAUUGCAACGAAAAGUGUAUGUAGCGAACAAUGCUCUGUUGUUUGUUACAAGUAAUUGUUUGCAAUUUAAUAAUAUAAAUUUCAUAAGUAUAUUUGAAAAUCUGAACGCUAAUAAUGAAAAGGAAUUUGGAUACAAAGAACUUAUAAAGUUUGACAUGAAUGAAUAUUUUAAAAAUAGCUUCAUCGGUUAUAAACUCUAUUUACUCAACGAAGAUAUGAAUCGUUUAAAACAAGCUAGACGUAAUUUUAAAAGAAUGGAGUGGCUCGACAAAAUGACCAAAAUAUUGUUUGUAAUUAUAUUAUG